UCUCUCUCUCUCUCUCGCCCACACACAUCCCGUUCAGUCACACACACAACGGGACAAUCGAGAAGACGGAGGUCCGCUACAGCUAACCGUUAACUCCAUAUUUUACACCAAAAAAAGCGUAACCAUGGGGAAGGGAUGCAUCACAGCAACCAAGUACUUCCUGUUCCUGUUCAACCUCAUCUUCUUCAUCUUUGGAGCGUUGAUCAUGAGCUUUGGACUGUGGGUCCUUCUGGAUAACCAGAGCUUCAUCGCUGUUCUACAGGAGUCCUCCACCACUCUGAAAGUGGCGUCCUAUAUUCUGAUCACCGUGGGUUCUCUCUCCAUGGUUAUGGGCUUCCUGGGCUGUAUAGGAGCCAUCUACGGGAUACGCUGCCUGCUGGGCCUGUACUUCACUUGCCUCCUGCUCAUCCUCAUCGCCCAGGUUACGGCUGGCGUACUCAUCUACUUCCAGAGAGACAGGCUGCAGCAGGAGAUGUCCACCAUCGUCAAGGGGAUGCUGGUCAACUACACGGGUCAGAACAGGACCACAGAACAUUCCUGGGACUAUGUACAGAGGACGAUGAAGUGUUGUGGUUGGGUGGGUCCAAGUAACUGGUUGGAGAACGUGUGGAUUCGGAACAGUUCUGUCUCCCUGUACCCCUGCUCCUGUCGGAAUGAAACCCUGCCUGGGACAGACAUGAUAGAGACUGGGCUCUGUGAACACUUGUCUGCUGACCUGCCAGUAUACCAAACGGGCUGCAUGCAUAGUGUGGAGGGCUGGCUGUUGGAGAACUAUGGAGUUAUUCUUGGAAUCUGUGUCGGGGUGGCAGUCCUAGAGGCUUUAAUAGUGAAGCUCCAGCCUGUCUUCCAUUUCUCUCAUCUCCUCGUCUCCUCUCCUCGUCUCCUCCAGGGUGACUAUACCAUCUACUGCAUCUUGCCAUCCUGAUGUAAUGUAUCACUAGCCACCUUAAACAAUGCUGCUUUACAUGUUUACAUACCCUACAUUACUCAUCUCAUAUGUAUAUACUGUAUGUACUCUGUACCAUCUUGCCUAUGCCGUUCGGCCAUCACUCAUUUAUAUAUUUUUUAUGUACAUAUUCGUAUUCAUUCCUUUACACUUGUGUGUACAAGGUAGUUGUUGUGGAAUUGGUAGAUUACUUGUUAGAUAUUACUGCACGGUCGGAACUAGAAGCACAAGCAUUUCGCUACACUCGCAUUAACACCUGCUAACCAUGUGUAUGUGACCAAUACAAUUUGAUUUGA